CACAUUUCGUCAGUAUACAAUCCGAGUGCGGGUUGUGAUGGGAUUGCCUGUACUUGUGGCUCGGUCCAGGAAGAAAGCUCCUGUGUUUAUAGAAAUGUCAGGAAUUACACCUUGGUGACAAUGGCAGUCGAUGUUCCAGAAGUUGAACGGACCAUCGGAAUAUAAGUGCUUCUGUCCAACAAGAACCGUCUGACGUACAAGCAGGAUACAGUAUAUUUUAGCAACAUUAACUUUCACAUGAAGGAUUUAAACAUGGAUUAACGAAUACAGAACCCAUGAUGCCUAGCCGUGGCAGCAGUAUACGUUGGAAGGACGAAGAGCCCGUCAGUGACCUGACGCAACUGAGUCGACUUACAGAAGCCUCUGUUCUACAUGUACUCAAGGAGAGAUACGAAGAGGACAAAAUAUACACAAACUGUGGUGAUGUGCUUCUCUCUAUCAACCCCUUUAAGGUGUUGCCAAUAUACAGCGAGGAGUACCACGAUGAGUACAGCUUGGAAAGACUGCAUCAUGACAUGGAACCCCAUAUAUUCCAAACGGCCGCCAUGGCCUUCAAGAAGCUCAACGAGACUCACACCAACCAGGUCGUGUUGGUGUCUGGGGAGUCAGGCUCGGGGAAGACGGAGAACACCAAAUACAUGGUCAAGCAUCUGAUGACCAUGUGUGGCCGCUCGCAUGAAGGUCUGGAAGACAAGAUACUGGAGAUAAACCCUGUGAUUGAAGCAUUUGGGAAUGCACAGACUGUUCUCAACGACAACUCGAGCAGAUUUGCCAAGUACUUACAGCUUGACUUUGGCAAAAAUGGAAGCAUUCGGGGAGCUUCCAUGAAGGACUACAUGCUGGAGAAGAGCCGGGUGGUACAUCAAGGAAGCGGAGAAAGCAAUUUCCACAUCUUCUACAAAUUCCUGGCAGGGCUUACGGAUGAAGAUCGAGUCUUCCUGUCCAUUGACAAGGAGAAGAAAUUCAAAAUCGCAAGAGACAGAGGCAAACAGAGGACCUCUGAAGACGCUGAGGAUUACCGCAGAUAUUUCGAGGUUUUGAAGAAAAUUGGAAUUCCCGAAGAGGAAAGAGAUAAUAUACAGAGGAUAUUGGCAGCCAUUAUACACCUGACAGAGAUAGAGUUCUUGGAGGAUCCGAAAAGUGACACUUCUGAAAUAUGGGAUGAGGAGCCCUUGAAUAUUGUGACUAUGUUGUUGGACACGGACCCGAAUGCUCUGACUCAAGCCCUUGUUUCAAAGAAAAUACAUGUCCCAGGACAAGGGGACAUUCAAACAGUGAGAAGGAAGAGGGACUCAGAAGGGGUGCGAGACGCCCUUGCCAAAGCCCUGUAUGAACGUCUUUUCGGUUGGAUCAUACGAAAGGUCAACGAGUCGCUUCAUCCCUGCUACGACACAGCCGAGAACGCAGGUAGUAUUGGAAUGGUGGACAUCUGCGGGUUUGAGUGUCUGAGGGAGAACAGUUUUGAACAGAUGUGUAUCAACCUCGUCAAUGAGAAGAUGCAGUGCUUCAUGAAUGAACAGAUCUUCAGGGCAGAGCAGGAGAUCUAUGAGAAGGAGGGCGUGGCCGGAGACUGUGUGGACAUACAGUAUGAAAACAAUGACCACAUUGUUGCCCUCUUCAUGUCGAAAGGCAUACUUCACCAGAUAGACGAGUACACCGUCAAACUGAAGCAAGGCACAGAUUCAUCGCUGGUGCACAGUCUCAAGGAGAGGUUUGGCAGCAACGAAGCCUUUAAAACACCACCUGGAGCUAACCUGACUUUUGGGAUCAAACAUUUUGCGAAAGAGGUGAGCUAUGACGCCAAAGGCUUCCUGGAGAAGAACAGAGACACCCUGAGUCCGGAAAUGGUUAAAUGCAUGAAAGAUAGCGACAAUGAGAUGGUGUCUGACCUCUUUACUGUGGAGAAGUGCGACACCGGAACUAUUUCUGCGACCCACUACAAUUAUCGCAAGUCAACUCGUCGCAGUAUGGCGCGGUCUGGUAUGAGGCGGUCUGGAAGAACGCGCGGCGAGCAGCUCUCUCGAAGCGUCAUCAUGGACAUCAGGAAGAGCCAAAAAGAAUUCUUGGACAGGGGAACCAGAUUGCCAAGAGGAGACGAAGUGGAACACGUUCAAACACAAACAGUCACUCAGUAUUUCAAAAAUUCGUUGGAUGAUCUUGUGGAUAAGUUGAAAAAUUCCGGAUCAAGUUUUGUCAGAUGCAUCAAGCCGAACACACGGCUUGUCUCAGAUAAAUUUCAAGAAGCCGAAGUGGUAGCACAGCUGAAAUACAACGGAAUAGCCGAGGUGGCCCGUAUUAGGAAACAAGGAUGGUCUGUUAGAAAGACAUACAAGGAUCUUCUGAAAAGAUUUCAGAUCUUGUUAACCUCUACAGAUGGAACUGACGUUGCCAAGUGUGAAGAACUCCUUAAAUUAUCGGGUGUACAGGCAGACCAAUUCACUUUGGGCAAGAAACUGGUAUUCAUGACGGACUCGGCUCUGGAGAAAUUGGAAACAGAAUUAAGACGGAAAGAAGAGGAACUAGAAAGAGAGAAACGGGAACGAGAGAGACAAGAACGCGAAAGGAGAGAACGAGAGGAACAAGAACGCCAGCGCAGAAAACAGGAGGAGACCGCUCAAAUGGAAAAGGAAAAAAAUCUUCCACAGAUGAACACAGCGUACAGUCCGUUGUCAGAUAUCAUGGAGGAGGGAGAUCUGUCUUCAUCCGGAAGGUCCUCAAUACCUGGUACAUCGACAGGCUCCACUUCAUCAACGCUCAUUUAUGAUCGAGUUACACCUCCACCUUCAGCAAACCUUCCAGCACAAGCUCCAGCUCCAGCAAAUGGUGCAGCAAAUGCUCCACAAAGCUCCCCAUCACCACCACCGCCUUCCGAAGAGUCCGCUUCGCACUCGCAGUCACCACCAACCGAUGACCGGGCCUAUUUCUGGGACAUAUUCCGAGUGGUCGACACCGAGGUGAUUCGGAAAGAAUCUUUCGACCAGAUGACCUUCAAGGUUUUGAAAGUGCUUGUUUACAUCAUCCUCUUCCUGGUCAUCCUUUGCGCAUGCGUGGCACAGAGGCUUGGACUCAUGAUCAUAAUUUCAAAUAUUUCCACCAACAGCUCCAUACCACUGGCGUCCACAGGGAAAGACAACUAUCACAUGCACCUAAUCCAUUACGUCUACCUGAUCAUAGCGAUGUGCAUACCCUAUGCCUUGAGCACCCUUACCUCCUUCUUGAAAUGGCUUUUUGGAGUGUUCCCGACACCCGGUGUCCUCACGUGGAUUGUGGUGUUGCUGGUGGAGGCCCUUCAUUCUGUGGGACUAUGUGCCUUGGUCUUCUGGGUCCUUCCCAAGUAUGACAUCAUAUCCGGGUCACUGCUGCUCAGUGCCACCAACGUCAUCCCUUCUCUCCUUCUAAUCACCUGCUCGUCACAGACAAUCCACGGGGAAUCCAAAAACCAAGGUGUCCUGAAAGCCUUCCUGGAUGGAAUUGCACUCGUUUGCCAGUUGUCAGUCAUCCCAUUGAUGCUCUUGUUCAAGUUCAGCCAACGGAAGGAAGUGGAUAUGACCAAGAUAGAUGUCUCGGGUGAUAUUCUUGACUUUCCCGCAGUUAUUUGUGGCUUCCUGCUGACUUCGCUAAAAAACUGGGAAAACUUUGUUGAUGGACGAGUUCAUACUCUGAAAGGCAGCCCCGACGAGAGCCAUUUCAACAACUAUGUCUUGAACAAAAUGCUGCAGAUCCGCUUUCAACUAAGUGAAGGAAGAUACGCUGUGUCCAUGAUAGUUGGAAUCAUAAAGAUUGCCAUCACAUGUUCUUUUGCAUACGCAGUAGCGUAUUAUCGUAUCGACAGAGGGUUUCUGCUCACUAACAGCGACGCCAUUGAAACCUUCAAACUCUUUAACACUUUGUACUCGAAUCCAAAGAAAUUUUCAAGCCUCUUAGCAAUUACAAUCAGCGGAUUUGUUCUGUACAAUGGCAGUUUCUUGGCAUGCAAGCUGCAGAUGCAAAAAUAUCGCUGGCGAUUCCCGUUACCCUUUCCAUCUUCGUGAUUCAGGGGAUUUUAGCAGGACAUUGCGAGAAGCAGUAUCUCUUCAGCGACUUUACACACUAUCCAAGUAUACCCGGACACCCGGAACCCUGCAAAUCAGCACAAGAUAAUGUA